AUGUCAGACGAUCUCCAAAAAAUCUUUGAGGAGGCCGUCACAGGUAUCAAAGCUGUCAAGUCUUUGCCCUACGAUGAUUAUGCCAAUCGGCUGCAUAACAAGGUUCGAACUGCUCUUGUUAAUCAGCACUCAGUUAUCAGAAAGUAUAUUCCAAGUGCUUCUCGUUACCCCGCUGAUGAGCCCGACCCUGAUGAUAAUGUAAUCGAUAUAUUCUGGAUCUAUGAUUUACUAUACAAGCUUUCGAUUCCCUCAAUCGCUAGCGGACUCGCUCAUGUUGAUGACAAUGUUGAUAUUUUUGACUUGAAGCAAUUCGUGAGCAAUGACAAUAGUAAAGUUCGCUGCCUUGAAUGUAUUACAAAUCUCAUGGGAUUUUGUCUUGGAGAACAUAUAAAUAGAGAGCUCGACUCUUUAAAGAAACCUAACAUGGAAUACCUCAGGAAUUAUGAUGGUUUUGCGAAAUCUUGCAGUGACUUAGUGACCACAAGAAGCUUCAUUUUGAAUGAGAUACGGACCGACAUGGCCAGGGGCGAUCAUCUUUUUAGCAUCGCGUGGCUUAUGAUUGCAGACUAUAUGCAGGACAGGGACCACGUAUAUCGCAACACACCCGCUGCUUCAGUCAUCGACUUUCGACAAAGGGCAAGUUCUAAAAUCCUACACCAAUGGUCCUACACUCUGUGGGGAGAAUACGGCAAAGGGAAUCCAACAGAAAUGAAGAAUAUCGUCAAGUUCUGUGGUCGGACCGCCACAAUUGGACUUUGUCCACCUAAUACUACCACCAAUUUACAGCAACCUGCGCCCACCUGGGAUGUCACAAAGGCGUUCUACGACAUGGGCGUCGGUAAUAUUGACGAUGACGAUUACAACAAGGAACUGCAAGAUAGUCUGAGCCAACUGCAAAAUCAACAGGAAAUAGUCAAUCAGUGGAAGUCCUAUUGCAUGGCCCUGACAAGCGCUUGGGAAGUUGAAAUCCUUCAACUCUGGCACGAUGGAAUGACUAGAGCGUAUAAAGCAGGAGAGGUGGAAAGGAUCAAGGCAUGGGGUUCCGCUGCAUACAACUUCCAACAACAAGACUAUAGAUGGGGAGAUAAUUAUCUUCCUGUCACCCGCGACCCGUCGGACGGCCUAUCCGGGCUAUCGACAUUCAACCAGUCUCUAGAGAACAUUGUCUUACCUGGAACUCAAAUUGCACUUUCCAAUGGAGCCUCACGAUCAAUUGAAACCAUAUGUUUAGGAGACAAAAUCCUAAUUUCCAAAAACUCCAACUCAUCUGUCUCGGCUUUUCGUAGGCCUAUUCGGCAAUCACUGAAGGCAGAUUUAGUUGGCUUUAACGAGGAGAAGCCCUGGGCUAUGAGUUCACAGGUAUUUUGGACAACGACAGGGCUACGCGCAGCUGAUCCAGAAGCAGCACAGCGCUUGAAUCCAUAUCGUCGCAUUGGCAAGCUCGCUAUCGGACACGUUUUGUUUCGUCUGCAGGCAAAUGAAUACGUAGCUGUUGAGAUCAAAUCAAUUCAGCUUAUCAAACAAUGUCUAUUGGAAGGCGCGUUCACUCUUUCAUUGUCUGGAAAUUCCCAGACCUACCACGCUGGCGGGUAUUUGGUUGACAUGAACGCCGCACGUCACACAUUGAAAGAGACUGUCGAGAUGCUUCGCAAAGUCCCCGGAGAUAAGAGACUAGGUCUUUUGUCUCAUUUCCAGGAAUUGCGGUCCAUGUUUGGAAAAUUUGACGCCCGAGCUAUUUAUCAACGGCUGAACUGGGAACUUUUUGGCCAAUACAAAUCUCCAGAUGGACAGGAACCCUCUUUUGGGAAAUCGGCAAAUCCUCUCAACCUUACAAAACACCUUAAAACCGCCAAGACUUUAACAGCUUCCAAAGGUGUUCCUAUUGAUCGUCUCGCGAGAGGAUUCCGCCUUCAAGCUCAUCAUCUUGGUCGACUACCACCGGGAUAUAAGCUUCCAUCUUUGAGUCUAAUUGAUGGUUACCUUCUAAUACAGGGAGAAGUGCAGCUUCGAAGCACAUACGAUCCACAAAAGAGACACUUGCGAUGGACGAGGGAGCUGAAGCAAAACAACCUUUUCGAACAUGGCAUUGUUGAGAUUUGCUCUCGAGCCGUGUCAGGAAAAGGAGUUAUCUAUUUAUCAUCCGAAGCAGAGUCCCAGGAAGUUCCUCCACGAGAUGAGGUCCAUCCAUUUGAGGCCAAAGCAUGCAAUCUUGAUCAAUUGGCAGACAUGAAUAUACGUUCAGGUGGGGAUGAUGACUGGACGGCGUUUGGUCAAUGGCAAGUUACAUUGGAUCAAAGUGUUUGGCCUCCCGAUACUGAGCGAACGGAGCCAGAGGACCCCCUAGAUGGGGGAACCUUUGAAGAUGGCUACUAUGCCAGUGACAGUCAAGUGGAUGUCCCCUCGAUAAAGCUUCUUUUGGUAGAUCAGCUGCGUGAUCAGCUUAACCAAAAGUUUGGUCAAAAGCUUGGCAGCUUCUACGAUGCCACGUCGCAGUUUAAAGAUGGCGAGCAGAUAUAUUCGGUGCAAUUCAAGCGUGCGCCUCUUGUUCCUUUUAUCUCUGAUGCUGGUCUUGACAUGAAGAAAACAUUUGGGGUUAGCUUCAAAUCAGACCUGGAUAUUGACAUUACUCUGCCAUCACUGUUCCAGCAGAUGACUUUUACAAUGGAUGCUAUGUACUCGAGUUUCACAGGCUACUUUUACGAAUACGAUCCUACAAAGCGAGGAUAUAAGGGCGACCGUCAUCUAAUUCAAGGAACUCCCAUAGAACCGGACACAGUUGCUGCCUAUCGCUCGAAAAUCUCUCGUGCGUAUGGGUCAGUCUCGAAGCCAGGAGAAGCUCCCCAAUCUAAUAAGAUGCUUCAACCGGCCACUGUAACUGAGGGUCUGUUAGCUCUUAGCGAUGGAAGUAUCGCAGAUCUUGUGAGAUUUAGCACCUAUGACGAAAGAUCAUUGCACAAUGACUCUCAACUAUUGAUUCAUAAUAUGAUGUAUUAUCAUAUGGAUGAGGACCAACGAGACAAGAUACUAAAUGAAGUAAAACCAAGCGUUCCAGACGAACUCCCGUCGGAGUUAGCGGACAAUCUGCCUGAUAAACUGAAGACAUUUUUCAAAGACAAGUAUGGCCCAGCUUUUAUCAGUCGCUAUGUUGGUCGGACGCAGAAAUACAUGAGUUCUUUCACAGAUCAAGAGAUGAAGAAUCUCUGGUACUGGUGGCAGGGUAACGGCACGAACAGUUUAUCGCAAAGUGAAGAAUACAAUGAUAUCAACCGCCUUAGUUCGCGAGCGGCAAUGGAACGAGGAUACAAAGAUGAAUUGCAGCCAUAUCUGCAGGACAAUCCCGAUGACUGGGCACAAAAUCUUUAUGAAGAGAUCACGAACAAUAAGCGGCUGUUAAACACCUGGGUUCACUUUCCAAUACAGGACGGUAACAACGUAGUCAACAAGAUGUGCAAUGUUCUAGAUGCUUUGAGUCCAUCUGCAACCUCAGAUUGGUCUCAGAAAUUCUUCCAGACUUUCAUGACUUUUGCAUUGCAACAAGGCGCGACGGCUGCAGAUAUCGAACCACCUGACCAGGACACGAAAUACAACUGGCUCCAUGAUUCUAUGCAAGAUCUCAUUGUGCUAGUUCUAAGCGAUGACCCUUCCAUCUCCAGUGAUGUGAAGCAGGCGUUGGUGGAAGAUAUUUACGAAUUCGAGAAACAAAACGACUUGAAUCAGCAGGCCGACUACAAGACAAGAGCAGCUGCAAUAGUCGAGAAAAGCGCCUUAUUUAUGCAGGAAUUGGCGGGAUGGUUUUCAUACAUUGGAAAGGGGCUACAAACUGCAUUUGGAGGUACUGCACUUUGGAAAUGGGUUGGCCAAGCUUUCGAUCAAGCCGCCGAGAAGUUCACAUCUCUUCCUGGAGUGGGCAAGUUGAAGGGAAUUUCAAGUAUCUGCAUGGUUGGGGUCAGCUUGGCCAAUGCUGCCGUGAGUAUUUGGGGCUUAGUGAGCAACUGGGACACCUUGUCGGAUGCUAAACGAGCAGUUAUCAUACUUGAAGUGGUUCGAACGGUAGUUGGCGGUGUCGAUAAGGCAAUUGAUGCCUUUAAAGACUUCAAAUCGAAGGCAGCAUCUACGCCCGCAGACGAGCUCAACAUGGAGGCUCUGAACGAUGGCCUCGCAGAUGAGAUUUCGGAGAGUAGUGAUAAGAUGGGAGAUAUAGCUCAAGAGAUUACCGGCGAUGAAGAUUAUCGUACGGCAAUUGCAGAGGGGAUUCAUAGCGAUGGGGUCGCCACGGACUCGGACGAAACUUGGAAUGAAGACCUUGCAGACAUUGCGCACGACGUUCCGCCGGGCUACGAAGACGUAGCCUCGAAGUUUAAUAUUUCUGGAAACAUGCUGCGCACGCUCAAUGCCAUUCUUGGAAUUGGCUUGGUCAUUGCCAUGUCCUUUUCGUUGGCGAAUGAUUGGAGGUCUCUCUCUGAUACUGGAAGGGUUCUAGGGGUACUCAACGUCAUUGUCCAAGGCUUGACUGUUUUGCUCGACGUCCUCGAUGUGGGUGUCGAAGUUGGCCUGUGGGCCGUCACUGGCACCUUGAGUGUUGCUUUACCAAUUUUGGGGGCGGUUUUGGCGGUUGCAGGAGUAAUUCUCAUGAUCGUCCAGGUCUUCAUCAACUUCUUUGUCAAAACCCAAGCACCCCCCGAUCCGAUUGCCGAAUUCAUCAAAAAUGUGGCACAUGGCCUAAUCUCCACCUUUGACGUUGCUCCUCCGUCCCAACUUACUUACUCGGUUUCUGCUUAUGAAGCCACCGCAGGUGACGUAACAAGCAUCACCGUCACCGGCAAGAACCAAUCCUCCAGUGAUGUAACUCUAUCACACACAACCAUCACUCUCUACUCCGGCGACGACAACGUCUGUCUCUUUCGGAACGGCGCCGAUGGCACCCCAGAAAUCGCAUUAGCUCUCGAUACCGACACCGAUAAAGAUGACAACGGACACACCUAUGUCACAUCCAGCACAAUCACAGCAGCACAGUUACCGCAACCCUCAAAACUAGGAACUGAAUCCAUAUACUACCAAUACGAUCUCCAAGCAGCGGGGCCCCCAAAAGAUACAUCGAGUAGUUUGGAAUAUCUAGUUCUCAAGGCUGGUGAAUCGUUCAAAUCGGUUUGGACGGCCUUGGUCAAUAAUAGGGGUGAUGAUGAUGAGAAGUCGACUAGUUGGAUUGAGGUUGUGGAGGUGGGGUUGAAGGAUACUUGUCAGUCGCAGUUUGUGUUGAAGAGGAUUUAA